GUCCCAACAGCAAAGCCAUCCACCUGGAGCUUCUGACAGCCAGGAGGCGCGGCGCUCCAGCCCUUCGCGGACCGACCAUAGAGCUGUAAGACCUCCGGGCUUCCUAGAGAGCUUCCGGAAGUGGCUGUGGGGGCAAGAUGCGUGCUGGCCGGUUCUGCGGCUCCGAGGGUUUAGAAGUUAACGGCUGGAGGGGUCCCGCCUGGGUUCGGUGUCCGUCGCGUCUCCUCGCGCUCUUCCCGGUCCGCGCUGUGCCGCCUUCCGCCCUCGGGCAGCGUGCGGAGCUCUCGAAGUGCCCUGGAGGUCCACUGAAGACUUUUAAGAAGGUAUAGAAGGUAAAGGAAAGGGCCUUUUAAGCUUUUCUGGCCCUAAAUGGCUGCAGAAUCAAGAAAGCCUUCAGCCCCAUCUCCACCAGAUCAGGCUCCUGAAGAGGAUCUUGUCAUUGUCAAGAUAGAGGAGGAUCAUGGUUGGGAUGAGGAAUCUAGUGUGCAUGAAAAUAAUAUACCUGGCCAAGAACUGUUCCGCCUGCGCUUCAGGCAGUUAUGCUACCAGGAGACAUUAGGACCCCGGGAAGCUCUGAUACAGCUCCGUGCACUUUGCCAUCAGUGGCUACGGCCAGACUUGAACAGCAAGGAACAGAUCCUGGAGCUGCUGGUGCUGGAGCAGUUCCUGACCAUCCUGCCAGGGGAGCUGCAGACUCUGGUUAAAGAACACCAAUUAGAAAAUGGAGAGGAGGUGGUGACCCUGUUGGAGGACUUGGAAAGGCAGAUUAAUAUCCUAGGACAGCCAGUCUCAGCUCGUACACAUGGGCACAGAGUACUCUGGGAAGAAGUCAUUUCUUCAGAAGCUGCACCAGAACCUCAAAGCACUCAACUCCAACCAAUGGCAAUCAAACAUAAAUCUCCAGUGCCCCAGAAGCCACAGGACAGAGGAGAAAGACCAGAUUUCACUUAUAAGGCCAUGUCUACUACUCAGAGUCCUACUCCUUCCCAGAAAGGAAGUUCUGGAGAUCAGGAGGUGACAGCUAGACUUCUCACUGCAGGGUUCCAGACUUUGGAAAAGAUUGAAGACAUGGCUGUGUCUCUUAUUCGAGAGGAGUGGCUUCUUGAUCCAUCACAGAAGGAUCUGAAUAGAAAUAACAGGCCUGAGAAAUACAGAAACAUGUUCUCCCUGGAUGGUGAGACCAGGAGUGAGAACAAGGAAUUAUUUUCAAAACAGGUAAUAUCUUCUGGAAUCCAGCCACAUGGACAAACAGCUGCUAAGUGCAACGGGGAUGUUAUUGUGGGUCUUGCACAUGGAGAAACCCGAGACCUUCUGGGCAGAUUAGAGAGGCAGCAGGGAACUCCCACACAAGAGAGACGGCAUAAAUGUGAUGAAUGUGGGAAAAGCUUUGCUCAGAACUCUGGCCUUGUUCGACACUGGAGAAUACAUACUGGAGAGAAACCAUAUCAGUGUAAUGUGUGUAGUAAAGCCUUCAGUUACAGGUCAGCCCUUCUUUCCCAUCAGGAUAUCCACAACAAAGUAAAGCGCUAUCAUUGCAAGGAAUGUGGUAAGGCCUUCAGUCAGAACACAGGUCUAAUCCUGCACCAGAGAAUCCACACUGGGGAGAAGCCCUAUCAGUGUAAUCAGUGUGGGAAAGCCUUUAGUCAGAGUGCAGGCCUUAUUUUGCACCAGAGAAUCCACAGUGGAGAGAGACCGUAUGAAUGUAAUGAAUGUGGAAAAGCUUUUAGUCAUAGUUCACACCUCAUUGGACAUCAGAGAAUUCACACUGGGGAGAAACCCUAUGAGUGUGAUGAGUGUGGGAAAACCUUCAGGCGCAGUUCACAUCUUAUUGGCCAUCAAAGAAGCCACACUGGGGAGAAACCCUACAAAUGCAAUGAAUGUGGAAGGGCCUUCAGUCAGAAAUCAGGCCUUAUUGAACAUCAGAGAAUCCAUACUGGGGAAAGACCAUAUAAGUGUAAAGAAUGUGGGAAAGCUUUCAAUGGGAACACUGGUCUUAUUCAGCAUCUAAGAAUACAUACAGGGGAGAAGCCCUAUCAAUGCAAUGAGUGUGGGAAAGCCUUCAUUCAGAGAUCGAGCCUCAUUCGACAUCAGAGAAUCCACACUGGAGAGAAGCCUGAAACCGCAGGAGUUAGGACAAAUGCGUUUUUGCUUUGCUCCUCUGGCCCUGUUCUCACGGGAGCCCCUCACCUCUCCAUUUCCCCUCCUCGGCACAAACAAAGCUGGCGCCCCACCUUGGCGAGGUCGGGGCGAGGCUGGCUCUGGGUCGAGCCGCAGUCCUGUGCCGCCUGGACCUCAGAACUGCAAGCAGUCUGUGGAGCGACAGGCUGGUUGUGCUCAACACUGAAUUUCCGGAGGGGAAUCAAGACCAGUGUUGUAAGCAAGACAUUAACUUUGAAAGAAGAGUUUGUAAGAAUGGGCCCAGAUCCAAAGGUCUCUAACAUGCGUACUAAGGAUUCUUUACAGAUUCCUGUGAAUGAAAAAGUCCCUCAGUAUCAGGACCAGUUAGAAAAUUAUAAAGGCCGGUGCACAGAGAGGAGACGGCAUAAAUGCAAUGAAUGUGGAAAGAUAUUUACCCAGAACUCAGUUCUUGUUCGACAUCAGAGAAUUCACACUGGAGAAAAACCCUAUGAGUGUGAUCAUUGUGGAAAAGCCUUCGGUGCACGGUCAACCCUCACUGUGCAUGAAAGAGUCCACACUGGAGAGAAACCCUACAUCUGUGACAAGUGUAAGAAAGGCUUUAGUGUGAGAGGACACCUGGUUAUUCACCAGAGAGUUCACAACGGAGAGAAGCCGUAUGACUGCAGAGAAUGUGGGAAAGCAUUCAGUGUGCGCUCAGACCUCACCAAACAUCAGAGAGUACACACAGGUGAGAAGCCAUUUGAGUGUGAUGAGUGUGGGAAAGCAUUCAGUGUGCGCUCAGACCUCACCAAACAUCAGCGAUUACACACAGGUGAGAAGCCAUUUGAAUGUGAUGAGUGUGGGAAAACUUUCAGUGUGAGCUCAGCCCUCAUCAAACACCAGAGAAUCCAUACAGGAGAGAAGCCAUAUAAGUGUAAGGAGUGUGGCAAAGCCUUCAAUGUGAACUCAGCCCUUACUAAUCACCAGAGGAUUCACUCUGGAGAAAAACCAUAUGAGUGUGGAGAAUGUGGAAAAGCAUUCAGUCAGAUUCAAACUCUUGUUCAUCACCAGAGAAUCCACACUGGAGAAAAACCCUAUGAGUGUGAGGAGUGUGGGAAAGCUUUCCGAAGAUGCUCAAAUCUUACCAAACAUCAGAAAGUACAUGCCAAAAGAAAAUGUCAGCAAUGAUGUCUGUGCUGAAG